AAAAAAAUACAAAUAUGUACGCAAUUCUUCCUUUUCCGGAUACCGCUUCAAAGGAACGCUUUCUUGCGCUGCCCUAGCCGCGCACGGAAAUCCAUCGCCUCCUCCUGCGCACCGAAAAUCUUCCUCCAGCCCCGUUUCCUUCCUUCAGUACUUUGCUGCCUUCCACCGUUCUUCCAGUUCUUCUUCUUCGGAGGUCUUGCACUCCGAUUCCUUCUUCAUCCCGCGUUCCUGGCCUCCUUUGGCUUCUUCGGCAUUCCCGCAGAUGGAUUCAUUGCUAUUGUUGGAUUAUACCUUAAAGAAACAAAAGCCUGUCUACUUUGCUUUUGGGCGCUGGUCAUUGGUUACCACUCUCAGGGCCGAGUUCUAAUCGCAUCUGCAUUACACGAAAUCCAACCCGAAGCAACGCUAUAUAAACUCAGGUUCGUCUAGGGUUUUGAUAGAUUUCUUCUCCAUUCCAGACGACCAUCUUCUGCCAGUUGCAAUCUUCCCACCACCAGCAAGAACCUGAGAAGUAGAUACAAGACGCAAAAAUGAAGACGAUCCUCUCAUCUCAAACGAUGGAUAUUCCGGAAGAAGUCACUGUGAAAGUUAAAGCUAAAAUUGUAGAGGUGGAGGGACCUCGUGGCAAGCUUACGCGCAAUUUCAAGCACCUCAACCUCGACUUUGAACUUGUUGAGGGGGAAAAAAAGCUCAAGGUGGACGCUUGGUUCGGAUCCCGAAAAGCGAUGGCGGCGAUCCGCACGGCCAUCAGCCACGUUCAGAACCUGAUCACCGGUGUGACUAAAGGUUAUCGGUAUAAGAUGCGCUUCGUGUAUGCUCACUUCCCGAUCAAUGCCAGCAUCACCAACUCCAAUUCUUCGAUUGAGAUUCGUAACUUUCUUGGUGAGAAGAAGGUUCGAAAAGUGGACAUGCUUGAAGGAGUGACCAUUAUCAGGUCUGAAAAGGUCAAGGAUGAGCUAAUCCUUGAUGGAAAUGAUAUCGAGCUAGUCUCUCGCUCUGCCGCCUUAAUUAAUCAGAAAUGCCAUGUGAAGAACAAGGACAUCAGAAAGUUUCUUGAUGGUAUAUAUGUGAGUGAGAAGGGAAGCAUCACUGAUGACCAGUAGAUCUCAUUGAACUCUAUAUUUAUGUUUUAUUUCAGUUUAGAGGGAGCUGUUUAGGAAUUGACUUCUACCAUUAUGUUGUCAGUGAAAUUUUGUUGUGUAUAUUUGGUGCUUU